AAUAAGUAUAAAGUGGGUUAACUUUCGCACGCUUAAAUUUAUCAGCUGUUUCUCCAUCAACGUGAAAAUGUCUCCAGUGUUGCUGAACCUCUCUCUCCUGUUGUCCCUGGGUGUGACCCUCGUUGUGAGUGCAGCAGUCAUGGAGGACAUGCCUCAGGUUGUGGUUCUCUCAGGAGAGGAUUGUGUUCUCCCGUGCACCGCCAAACACAAGCCCGGUGUCCAGUACAGAGCAGUGACGUGGUACCAGGGUGGAGAGGAUCCAUCUGAUGUCAGUGGCCUUUUGACCAGAAACCUCCUCAAUCAUUUGGUGAGAUGGUACAGUGGCGUGGAGAGAAAUGUGUCGUUUGUGGAUGAGUCCAACGACAUCUACCUGCCCAGCGUGACGUGCAGCGACAGCGGUGUCUACAGGUGUCACCUGACAGCCCCUGUUGGAGAGCAGAACCGAAAGGGGCAGAUCCUCCUCACUGUGGCAGAUUGUCCUGUUGGUCCCACAGAAUACGAGGCGUCGGAUACUUACUUGGUUAUUUUCGCUACAGCACUGCUGAUCGUUGCACUUGUAAUUUUCCUACUAAGCUAUGCUUGUUUGAAGAAUACCGUCAAAGAAAAAAAGAAGACGCCGAAAAAAGAAACUUUUUUGAACGCACCCCUCAAACCGCUUGACAAGAAGGACUUAAUGUUGAUCUACACUUUGGGUCCAAAGACAUCCACAAUGAAGCAUAUUUGUGUUUAAAUACAACUUCAGGGGGAAAAACUUGCUCACCUACUUUCAUAAUCCCUUCAGUUUAAAUCCAAUGUCAGAAAACCAAGCACGCGGACACUGGGUGGGCAAUAUACAGGUUUCAUUGGACAACCUUUAAUUGUUAAUGAUUCCUCUACCUUUUAAACGUCAACUGACAACUUGAAGAAGAUGCGAAAAGGGGUUAAACAAAAGUGAGCACAGGGAUCGGUCUUCCUGCACAGAUAGUACCUGUGAUGGUCAACCAGGACAUGGAUACAGGAAGAGGUAUCAAAGAGCAAGAAAAAUAGGCAUGUGGAGUAUGUUUGGACAAGACAGUAAGAUAGCCAGCAUGCUGCAUGGUAGCGUACUGCCACAGGUGUAUGUUUGUGAAGGAAAGUCAGCAUGUUAAGUACUAUUUAAAUGCAUGGUGAGCAGUCAUGUUAUGCAUUUAAAAAACGGGCCUCGAGUAGGUAGGAAAGGACGACCCACUUUCAAGCAAAGCUACUGUAUGUACAUUUGUUUAAACAGUAACAAUUACAGUUACAGAUUGAGUUCAGUAGCUUAGCCAUAAGUUUUUUUUUCAUCAAACCAAACAAAAGGUAAUUGAGAUAGAUUAAGACUCUCCCGCUCAAGACAGACAGCAAGGUACUUCUCGUAACAGAAAAGCUAAGACUAGCAGCAAACCUCUGAAUGUAUCAAAAUGAGCAAUUUUCAUUUGUCAUGAAUUUAAAUGUUCAUGUGUAAAAAGUAGAUGAAGAUAUUUCUUUUUUCUUUGUCUUGACCCAUUAUUAUGACAGUAGUAAUUCUGUUUUAUCAGCGCCCAAAAGGAUUUGUAGCUGAGACCAUUUGGCUUUUGGAUUUCUUGGACCUUUUGCUGCUGCUGCUGCUCCUGCACUGCACGCAGAAUAUUUCAAAGUUGUCCCAAUACUUUAUUAUAUAUAUAUAUAUAUAUAUAUAUAUAUAUAUAUUUUUUUUUUUUUUUUUAACAAGAUCUAGGUUUGAAAAUAUAUUGAAUUGCAGGAUGUUCAGCCGAAUUGUAGGAAAUUCUGCAGGUAACAAUGGGAAGGGGGAAUUCAGAAGAAAAACUUCAUUCAUUCACUUCUGGACUGCUCAUCCUGUCAUCAGGAAUGAAUGAAUGAAUGAAUGAAUGAAUGAAUGAAUGAAUGAAUGAAUGAAUGAAUGAAGAAGAGAGUGGAAUUACAGUCUUAUGACCAAAGACAUUUGAGGAUGAGGUAUUACUGAAAAAGUGCCAUUAUCUUCUUCAGAUUAAACCACUAAUUUGCACUAACUGAGCCAUCGCAGAUUCUAGCUUUUUGCUAUUAAGGGUUUGGAGUCUGUUAAAUGUUGUAAUGUCUUUUUGAACAGAAUUUAGUCUUUUUGAUAUGUUUACAACAAAACUGUGAAGAAAUAGAUUUAUGAAAAUCUGAUUUAAAAUGUGAAGACAAUGUAGACAUUUGGUUUUGUUUCAUCUGAUGAUCUUUCAAAUACCGCUGUGGACAGUGAGUCUGUACAUCACUUUGAACCUUCUUUUUUUUUAUCUGUCUGCAUCAUUUUGUCCAUUUGGGAAAAAAAAAAGAAUCAGCUACAUGUACACUCAUUCUGAUCACCUUUUUCCUUUAAAGAGGAACUGAAAAAACCGUGACAUACUCAUACGCCCCUGCUCUGUCUGCAUUUAUAACUGUGUUUGGAGAUGUGGGAAAUCCCCAGGUCACUGUGGCUGGGCUUUUUCUAUUACACACUUCUGCUUGUAAGCAUUAGUAAAACAAUCUGCACCCAUCCACUAUGAGAUUAACUAUUUCACUGUCUAUGUCACAAUCAUCCAAACUUGUUUGUGUUAUGUGGAUUUCAUGUAUGUAGUAAAGGCAGCUAUUUUCUUUGAAGAAGUUAACAUUGUUUUGUGUUGUUGAAGCUCUUAUUACAGUUAUAAUUUUGCAGCGACAGUACAGUAUUGUCUUUAAAACACAGAAAAAAACACUUUAACAGCCCUAAUGCUGCUGCAUAAAUGUCAUACUUGUGUGUAGUGUAAAGCAUCACCAAAUAAAUAUUGUUGAACGACA